AAGCCGUUGUCCGGAUACGUAUCCGGACAUUGCAUUGCCGCGAUGGAGCUCGUGCAGGAAGCCGGUCAUGCCAAGGAGAACUCGCCGACGGUUCGCCGAAAGCUCGUCUUUGAAGGUCUCUCGCUGAAGCAGUCGAUGGACGCCCAAAGCUCCUUGCCGGGCCCGCAGAAGGUGAAGAAAGAGGCCAAGGCCAAGCGGCGUGCACUGGGCGACAUAUCCAACAGCUUUGCGACGGACCUAAGCAGCACGCUCUUUGCAGCUGCGGGCAAGGGCCAGCGCUUCUUGACACCGGUCGACACCUCUACGACGCGCAAGGCGAGUGCAGCACCAGCUGUCGAUGGCGCCUCGCCCGUGCGCGCAUCCGCCGACAACGACAUUGAGCUCGCGCACGGUGGCGUCUCGACAAACGAUGACGUGUACUACAUGCAGAGUCUCCACGACCAGCUCGACGCGCAAGUACAAGCGUGGAAAGACGAAGCCGCAAAAGAAGCAGAGCGAGACAAGGCGACUGCGUUGCUGCCUCUGGAAGCGUCCAUUGACACAACUCUCGACACAACCUUCGAGCCCGAGAGCAUGUGGCGGUCGACGCCGCCGACGCCGGAGGAAAUUUACCUCGACGACACCAGCAACGGUCUGUUUGACACGGAAGGCAUCUUGGACUUCACGUUGCUCGACGCAUGAAGGUGGACC